AGUUCUAGUCCUUCUCCUUCUUUUACCCAACUCAUUAUUCCCCACAUUUUUGUUUCAAUGGCAGCCCGCAGAGCAGCUUCGAUUCUUCUUAUCGCCGUUCUGGCCCUCUCCAGUACCUUCGUCUUCGCUGACGAAGAGACUGUCAAGAACGAGACCGGAUUGGCGUUGUCGCGUGCCAAGAGACAGUGCUGUUCAUCCAACUCCAACUCAUGCUGCGGAAACAACAACAACGUGCAAUGCAUCCCAGUUUGUCUGCAACAGUGCCAGAGCUCAUGCCAAACAUCCCAAUGCAUCCAACAAUGUCAGCCAGCUUGUAACCAACAGUGCGGAGGAAACAACCAAGUCAUCCUUCUUCCACAAACCAACAACUGCAACCAAUGCCAACAACAAUGCAUCAGCUCCUGUGCCACCCCAAUCUGUGCUCAAUCCUGCAACAACCAAUGCUCCAGCUCUUGCGGAAACUCUGCUCCACAAAUUGUCGUUCUCCAACCACAACAGAACCAAUGUGGAUCAUGCCAGUCUUCCUGCCAACAGACUUGCCCAACAUGCAACUGCCAAUCUGCUUGUGCUCCAGCCUGUGGAGGAAACAACAACAAUCAGCAAAUCAUCGUUGUUCAACAGGACAACUCAUGCUCAUCCAACUGUAACAACCAGUGCUCCAGCUCCUGCAGCACCCCAAUCUGCAUUCAGUCCUGCCAAUCCUCCUGCCAACAGGCCUGCCAGCCAACCUGCCAGCCACAAUGCAUGCCAUCCUGCUCGUCUAGCUGCACAUCCAACCAGGCUCCAAUCGUCAUCGUCGCUCAACAAGGAGACUCAUGCUCCAACUCGUGCUCCAACCAGUGCCAGUCUGCCUGCCCAACUCCAAUCUGUGUCCAACAGUGCAACUCUCAAUGUCAAUCCCAGUGCUCGAACUCUUGCUCCGGAAACAGCUGCAACCAACAACAGGUCAUUGUCCUCCAACAACAAGACAACUGCCAGAAUCAAUGUCAAUCUUCCUGCAUGAACACUUGCCAAUCAUCGGCUACCGUUCUUCAAUGCCAGCCAAUUUGCCAACAAACCUGCCAGAAUACCUGUCAACAAGCCGCUCAAAUCGUUGUUCCAUGCCAAUCGAGCUCUUCUGGAUGUGGAUGCUCAUCUGGAUAUUCUCAAUGCGGUGGAUCAUGCUGCCGUCGUCGUUAAGCAUCCCCUUCCCUGAAUUCUAUGAACGAAUUCUUACCGUAUCCGCGUUUUCUAUGCGACAACUUCUGUUUUCGUUUCCCCAUCCCACUUCUCACAUAACUUUUAUUAUGACAUUGUCUGUAAAUAAGUGGUAGCCAUGUGAGGUGUCUAAUUAUUUUAUUAUUGUUCCCUUCUUUUUCAUGAUGUUUCAUUGUCCUUGAGUUUCGACAAUAAAUUAUUCUAAUUU